CAUCACCAUAACCAUGCUCUUCCUAUACUUUCUUGUCUUCCUUUUGUUUUUCGUGGUAAUACUCUUGCCAAGGAAGAGUAACGAAAUUCUUAGUUCAAAAUUAGCUCUAUCCAGAACCAAAAGCCGAACCAAAGAGAAGGUUAGCAUAGAGCAUUUGCCAGAGGAAUUGUUAUCCAACAUCCUCUCAAGGUUACCAUCGAAAGAGUUGCAGAAAUGUAAGUUUGUUUGCAAGUCAUGGUUCCAUCUCAUAAAGGAUCCUCAUUUUGUUACCAAGUACUAUGUUGUCUACAACAACCACAUAGUAACAAAUCAUGAUCUCUUUGUCAUUGGCAGACCCUUUCCUUCUAGCAAGAAAACAUUCAUUUCUUUGCUUUCUUGUAAUAGUAAUGAUAAUAUUACCAACAAAAACAAAGAACAUGUUCCCUCUAAGGUUCUAAACCCUCCUUGUGAAUACAAUUCUGAUCACGAAUAUUGGACCGAAAUCAUGGGUCCUUGCAAUGGCAUAUAUUUCCUAGAAGGCAAACCAAAUUUGAUGAUGAACCCUUCUUUGGGACAGUUCAAGGCUUUGCCAGAAUCCCAUUUCGCAACACCCUUUGGUGGAAAUUCUUUAAUGGAUUACACCGGAUUCGGCUUUGAUCCAAAAACCAACGACUAUAAAGUUGUUGUGAUCAAGGAUCUUUGGAUUAGGGCAAGAGGUGAAGAACAUCUUGGGUGGUGGAGAACAGAGUUAUACAGCCUUAACUCUAACUCAUGGAGAAGGCUUGAUGCUGUUCUUCCACUUCCCAUUGAAAUUUGGAGCUCUUCUCGUGUCUACACUUUGGUGAACAAUUGUUGUCACUGGUUGGGUUACGUUGAAGAUGAGUUUGGUAAAAGAAAAGAUGUGGUUCUAGCAUUUGACAUGGUUAAUGAAACCUUCAGAAAGAUUCAUGUACCGAGAGUACGAGAUUGUUGGGAAGAAUCCUCGGCCACGCUUGUCCCACGUGACGAGCCGGCUCGAAUUGGCAUGGUUGUUCACUCAGUGAAACGCUAUGAUGUGUGGGUGAUGAAAGAUUAUUGGAACCAAGAGUCUUGGGUUAAGGUAUACAGUGUUGGACCCGUGGAAGUGAUUUCAACGCUUGUGGGGAUUUGUGGGAGAGACCAAUUUCUUUGGAAAAACAACAAUGAAGAGUUGGUGAUGUAUGAAGCUGAAUCAGGGAAAGUAAAAUGUCUCCAAGUUUUUGGUAAGAAUGAUUCACUAAGAGCUGCUAGAUAUAUGGAAAGCAUUCUUUCACUUCACAGGGGAAACGAGUUUAGUGGACAGUGUGUUUCAAUUGAUUGGGUCCAUGAUCGUUGAGGUACUAGCUAUUCAAGUCGAAUAUAAUGCCAAUAGGCCGUAGUGAAAAACUCGAAAAUAAUGAUCCCAUUUUCAUGCUUUCUUUUGGAAAAUAAAAGGUUUAGGGUUGAUUGUUGAGAAUUAAUGAAUUGAAGGUGGGAUAGGAUAGAUUAUGGGUUAUGACUUAGGAGGGGUAAUUUAUAAGUUUUAAAUAUUUUUUAUACUUUUGAUAGUUUUGUCAAUUGUCACGAUCCCAAAUGAAUUAUGACUGAUGUUUAUAAAAUUAUUUAUUCUCCUACCAAA